AUGUUCCUCUUCUCCAAAAAACACAAGACCCCUGUCAGCACUUACACCGACUCCUACCGGCCACCACGCUCUGUCAAAAAGACCAUCCAAGAGCAGGGUCCACAACAGCUCCAGAAAGAAAACAAGUUUGUGACGCAGGGAUUAACGAUGCCCCCGGUGCAAAAUCCAGUGAGCCGAGGUCAGUCUGAGCAGCAGAUUAAGGCGGCAAUACAGGAGUACUACAGGAACAUCGACCCCACUGCCUACUGGCCCUGGAAGUUCUGGCAAGCCAGGUCCAAAGAAAAGUACAACCCAGUUUUUGUCAAUGAAGACAAAUACAUCACCUGGAGAACAGGUCCCUGUAACAGCGCAGCCUGGAAUAAGCACUCCUCUUAUGUCCCCCUCCUGCCCAAGGAGACAAGGAUGGACACCUUCCUGCACAGCAUACUUGUGCCAUACCCCCCGAAAUCCACCUGCCUCAAUCAAUUCGAGAGGGAGGUGGUUGCCAAUGUGCUGCAAAAGCUGCCCGUGUACACCGUGACAGGGAGGGGACCCUUCCAGGGCUACUACAGCCCCUGCUCUGGGUGCCACUACUGCCUGCGAGGGACGGACUACUACGUUGAUGGGGCCCCCACCACCAGAAGGCAUCUCCACGCACUAGGAGAGAAGGCUGUAAGGAGUACGCCAUGCUGCAGUUACAGCCCCAGAGCAAUCUUCUCUACGUAUACACAUCGUGCCCAGCCAUCCUCCCCAUACUACAGGAGCCCUAGGUGGGACACAAGCCACUUCAGUAAGACAGGAGGAGUCCAGAGAGGCAGCUACACCAUCCACCCUGAGUUUAUCUCAGAGGCUUACUCUGCCCCGUGGCACUGGUGA